CCUUCUCUUUGCCACCCUCCUUUGUCUGGCCUUCCUGACUGAUUAAAUAUUAAUCUACUCACACAUUUUCUCCAGAUUCCUCUUCAGACAGAAGAGGUUGAGCUGUGAGAACUGAUCUCAUUCUUAACCUGAUUCCUAUUCCCCCCAUUCUGACCCUAGUAUGUGACUACCAUCGCCAACCAAACCCCAGCGAUGGAUUCCAUUACCUUUCUCUGGUUAUGCCUGGUCUUCCAACAUGGGCAUUAGAAAGGCACACAAUAUUGCAAACCUUUUGGUUUUAUCUAGGGUAAUGAUGCUUUAGUAACAGUAACAAUAGUAACAACAACUGAUCUCAGAUAUUUAAUGCAAUCCUAGAAGGUAGUUAUCAUUUUUAUUACCCGCUUUUAUCUUCUCCAUCCUCAUAACUAUGAUGGAGACACUGAGGCUCAGAGAGGACAGGUUGCUUGCUAAGACCAUAUAGCUCCUAAGUACCAGAGUCAAUGUUUGAACCUAGUCUUGCCUGAAAUAGGAGAAUUAUCUCAGCAUGACUUUGAAACUCUUUCUGUCAGCUGCCCAAUAUGUUUUGCCUGGGCACUUUGACAAUGGUGAGAUUUCUGGUUAGUAUUCUGAAGCAGUUAAAUAACUUAAGUUUAUAUUAAACAUUUCUGGUUUUACUUUGAUGAUGACUUAAGAAAAUGAAUAUAAACAUAUUUAGUAUCAUUGGGAUAGCCACCUUGUAACUGAACAGAUAUAAACAUAAGAAGUUUGCAUCUUAUUUUAUAUUCAUGAAUAUUCAGAAGCCAUAUAUAACAGUAAUUAAAGCACAAUACCAGUAAUAGUCCACAUAUUACUUAAAUUUGGCUAACAGUAUUCUUGUUGUUCUAGAAAUGAGAUGACCAGCUCUUUCAGAAUAUACAACAACUGCCUCCACAUAAAGCAGUACCAGGUUUAGGAGAUUUACGGUAAAGCCAUGUUUCCAAGGAGGUCUGUACAAAAAGCCAGACUUCUACCGGCAGUUUCUGAGAGAGAUACGCUUUCCAUCCAUGGCAGCCAUUUACUUUUGCUCUGGGAGACGUUUGUAAUUGAAAAGGCACAACUGGGGUAUUUAUUCAUUUCUCCUGUUCCUCUAGUGUUCGGUGGUGUUGCCGCUGCAAGUGGGCAGGGCUAAAAUGAGCUGGUUAUCUCAGGAUCAUGGAAAACCUGGAAUCAACGCUCAAGAAUGCCCCCUAUUUUCAUUGUGAGAAGGGAACCGAUUCCAUCCCUCUAUGCCAGAAGUGUGAGACGUGUGUCUUAGCCUGGAAGAUCUUCUCUACCAAAGAGUGGUUCUGCAGGAUCAAUGACAUAUCACAGAGGAGGUUUCUAGUUAGCAUUCUGAAGCAGUUAAAUAGCUUGUAUUUGUUACACUAUUUCCAAAAUAUCCUUCAGACCACACAGGGAAAGGAUUUCAUCUAUAGCAGGUCCCGGAUCGACCUCAGCAAGAAAGAGGGGAAAGUUGCGAAGUCCUUCUUGAACCAAAUGUUGGAUAAAACAGUAGAACAGAAGAUGAAGGAGAUCUUGUACUGGUUUGGGAACAGCACCCACUGGACCAAGGCGAAUUAUACUCUCUUACUGCUGCAGAUGUGCAACCCCAAAUUACUGCUCACUGCUGCCAAUGUGAUCAGAGUCCUGAUUCUGAGAGAGCAGAACAGUAUCUCAGGGCUCAAUGAAGACAUCACAGAUGGGUGUUUUUCCCCCAAGAAAGAUGACAGCUCCAAGUCUGUGACCUCACAAGUCUAUUGGACAGCCAAAACUCAGCACACAUCCCUUCCUUUGUCCAAAGCCCCAGAAAAUGAACACUUACUUGGGGCAGCUUCUAACCCUGAGGAACCAUGGAGGAAUUCACUCCAGUGUAUUUCCGAAAUGAAUAGGCUGUUUUCUGAAAAAGGAGGCAUAACCAAGCCAGGGUACGAUCCCUGCAAUCUAUUGGUUGACCUGGAUGACAUCAGAGACCUGUCUUCUGGGUUCAGCAAAUACCGAGACUUCAUCCGUUACCUGCCCAUCCACCUCUCCAAGUACAUUCUAAGAAUGCUGGAUAGACACACCCUGAACAAGUGUGCCUCUGUGAGCCAGCACUGGGCUGCCAUGGCUCAACAGGUCAAGACGGACUUGUCAGCGCACGGCUUCAUUCAGAACCAGAUUAUCUUCAUGCAGGGGUCCUACACAAGAGGAAUUGAUCCUAAUUAUGCCAAUAAGGUUUCUAUCCCAGUUCCUAAAAUGGUAGAUGACGGGAAGCGUAUGCGUGUGAAACAUCCGAAGUGGAAGCUGAGGACGAAGAAUGAGUACAACCUGUGGACUGCAUACCAGAACCAGGAAACGCAGCAGGUCCUAAUGGAGGAGAGAAAUAUUUUCUGUGGAACCUACAAUGUUCGCAUUCUGUCUGGCACGUGGGAUCAAAAAAGAGUCAUCCACUAUUCCGGGGGAGAUCUGAUAGCUGUGUCAUCUAAUCGAAAGAUCCAUCUUCUGGACAUCAUACAAGGAAAAGUGAUACCUGUUGAAUUCCGAGGCCAUGCUGGGAGUGUCCGGGCCCUCUUCCUAUGUGAGGAGGAAAAUUUUCUCCUAAGCGGGAGCUAUGACCUAAGUAUCAGAUACUGGGAUCUGAAAAGUGGGGCUUGCACACGAAUCUUCAGUGGUCACCAGGGGACUAUCACUUGCAUAGAUUUGUGUAAGAACAGGCUCGUGUCGGGAGGAAAAGAUUGCCAGGUAAAAGUAUGGGAUGUAGACACAGGGAAGUGCCUGAAGACGUUUAGACACAAAGACCCCAUCUUGGCCACCAGGAUCAAUGAUACCUACAUUGUGAGCAGCUGUGAGCGAGGGGUGGUGAAAGUGUGGCACAUUGUCAUGGCCCAGUUGGUAAAGACUCUCAAUGGCCACGAGGGAGCCGUGAAGUGCCUGUUCUUCGACCAGUGGCAUCUCCUCUCAGGAAGCACUGAUGGCCUGGUCAUGGCCUGGAGCAUGGUGGGGAAGUAUGAGCGCUGCCUGAUGGCCUUCAAGCAUCCCAAGGAGGUGCUCCAUGUGUCCCUUCUCUUCCUCCGGGUCAUCAGCGGCUGCGCAGAUGGCAAGAUCAGAAUUUACAAUUUCCUCAACGGGAACUGUAUGAAGGUGAUAAAAGCCAAUGGCAGAGGCGAUCCUGUGCUGUCCUUCUUUAUUCAGGGCAACAGGAUGGUGGUCAACACAGAGAGCAAUGUUCUCAUGUUCCAGUUUGAACACAUAAAGUGGCAGUAUGCCAUGGAAAAAACAAAACAAAAGAAUAAGAAGGAGAAAGAGGAGGAAAAAGAAGAAAACAGCCUCAUGGAAAUUCUCUCUAAGUCUAAUAUGCAGGUUCACAGCCCAAGAGAAUCUGUAUCCAGUAAACAAACUGUGAUCCAAGAGCUCCUACCGAGCAAACCUCCCAAGUCCCGAGUACUCCUGAAGCCGGCCAAGUUCUCUUCAGAAGCAGAUGAUGUGGAGAAAGCACAAAAACAAGGACAAUUGGAAACUCCUGAAAACCUGCUCAAUCACCCAAAGAAAAAGUCUUGGAAAAUUCCUAUGUCACCUGACCAAUUCCUCCUGACUGUCAGCGCCCUGCAGCAAGCCCAUAAUUCCGGGAAAUUCGCCUAUCCCUGUAGGCCCCGAACAGAAAUUAUUGAUGUCUGGGGACCUUCAAUUUCACACCCAAGGAAGGUCUUGAAUUUCAAAGGAAAAUCAAUCCAACAUGCAGUUGAUCAGUUGAGAUUGAGCAAUCCUCCUAUAGAUGUGAAACAAACCAGUAUUCCCCUUGAAAUCCAGAAACUGCAGCCCAACUUGAAGAUCUCUUUGCACAGUCCCAGUGUCCAGUCCACCUUGCCGCAGCCCAUGAUUAUCCGCUCCAGGUUCUCUCGCAGCUUAAAGGGUGGAGACCAAGUGACCAGUUCAAUUGAAAGGGCAGUGUGCAGUCCCCUGACCAGUAUGCAGGUCAUUAAACCAAACCGCAUGCUAGCUCCACAAGUGGGCACAGCCACCCUGUCUCUUCACAAAGAACGGCCUCGCAUCUACACAGCCCUUGAUCCCCUUAGAGUGAACACUGAGUUCGUGCUGUUGACCGUGAAGGAGGAGAAAGAGCACCAGGAAGCCAAGAUGAAGGAAUAUCAGGCCAGGGAGUCCACUGGAGUGGUUGAUCCAGGAAAAGCCAGCAAAGCUGCAUGGAUCAGGAAAAUCAAAGGCCUGCCUAUUGAUAAUUUCAUGAAGCAAGGGAAAACAGCGGCCCCUGAACUUGGACAAAAUGUAUUUAUCUGAACCAGCCUUGGGAAAUUACAAUGUUUUGCAAUAAACAGCCAAGUGGAUGUUGCUA